AAUUCCUCAAGAAAUACUUUCAUUGGUGCACAAAUGGAAAUUUCACUGGAGUGUUCAAAACACUUUGUUGCAUGUACAGAGGCUGUCAAUUCACAUAAGAGGUUGUUGGAAUGCUGUAGUCAUCUACCCACCUAAGUCUGCUUGCCCAGUGUGGUUUCCAUGUGGCUGACAUAAUUAGAACCAUCCAAACAAAAAGAAAAUAAAAAACAACAAAACACAACAAGCAACAGAAAGCAAUGUGGAUUUGGAUGGAAGGAUGUGAUUGGUAGAUAAAGAAAGAGUGAGCACUUUGCUCAUAAGAUUGUGGGGAUCAGUGACUCAUACUCUCAUACAAGAUUCAGGUGAUGUGGCUAUGCAUGCAAAUACAUGUAGGUAUUAUAUGUCUCUUUGGCUCAUAUGGAUGAAACAUGGAAGCACUUUGUAAUAAGUGCUUUGAGAGAGAACAUUUUGGGAUGUAAAGUAGGUUUUGGAACCUUUACCAGGUCAAAUGCUGAGAAAGAGAAUGAUAGGAAACUGUGUUGCAGUUCUUAUGCUGAGAUCCAUAAUCGUAGAAGUGUCCUUUGAAAUUGUUUUAGGCCUUGUUAUGAAGAUCAAGCCAUAAUCAUAGAAGUGUCCUUUGAAAUUGUUUUAGGCCUUGUUAUAAAGAUCAAGCCCAAGAAACAAGUAAAAUUGUUGUCCACUUUGUGGAUAAGCAUUGUGGAUCAGGAUGAAAGCACAUGACUUGGAUUAAAAGAGAGAGCACUCUGCUAGCAAGAGAGUGGGGUUCAGUGACUCACUAUUAAACCAGACGCAGAUAUGCAUGGCUAUGUUUACAAAUUUCUAUUACAUGUCUCUUUGGCUCAGAGGGAUGAGACAUGGCAGCACCUAAAAAGAGGAGUGCUUGGAAUGUAAGGUAGGUUUAGAACUUGGUGAAGGCCUUUGUGAUGGUUGCUCAAGUUGGUAGUGGAGCUCUUGUCCACUUUGUGGAAAAUUAAAACAGCUCAAAAUGAAGUAUUUUGUUUACUGAGAAUGAGUUUAACCUCAUGAUCAAUUAGAGAGUGUUAAUGUGACAGUGUGGAACAUCAAUGUAAGGGAAAACUUUGCUUGAUGUAAUACCUGUGAUUGGCUUUAGCUGAUUGAUAUUCAGUGUUGAACAAUCACAUUGUUGUAUUGUAACCUUUCAUUUGGUUGUUGGGGAUAAAAGCUGAAGACAGGAUGUUGAGGAAGUCUGAUGGCUGUGUACUGAUUCCCAAGAACUUGUUCUUUUUUGUUUUUGUCUUUAAAUUCUCUACUAAAGGCUAAGUGGUGAAGAAUAUACUUAUAAGUGCUUGCUUCUGAGCCUCAGUCUGUUGUUCCUUUGUUAAGAACUCAUUUGAAGAACUAUAAAAAUAUCCAAGGUACUGGUUAAUGAAUCUGUAAACAUCUCAAGGCCUGAUCUCAGACAAAGUCUUUGUUUCUUGAUUCAGAGCUUAACUGGAUUAUCUUAUUCCUUUCAAAGGCCUCAGUUGUGUGGAAAAUACAUGUGCAUGCUAUGGAUGCUUGAGUGGAUUUUUUUUAUGGGACUGAUGUCUGCGAGUGUUGGCUCACUGUACUUAAGUUGGAAGCUCAUUUCUCUAUUUGCAUUAAGCUCUGUCAUCAGUUGCUCCCUUGAAAGUAAGCUACACAUAAUUAUGAGAACAUAAGAGAGAGCUCUUAAGCAAUUGAAUUUUAUUCUAUACUGGCAAAUAUAUAGGAGGCGGAAGUAAAGAUGGGAAUGCCAGAGAUGACAUAAACAUUAGGACACAAGGAUAGAGUUCAUCAUGGUGAAACUCAAGCAGACCAUGUUAGCAGUUACUAAGGGAGAUAACCUCAGACUCUGGAAACCUUGUCAGGGAAAGAGUUGCAGUUAGGAACAUAGGAGGAGCUACAUUGCAGGAAGUUCCAUAAUAUUUAAAUGUUGUUCCUUUUUGUAGGAGCCAAAUGAAACCACUGGGAACUCCAGUUACUUAGGGAGAUAACCUCAGACUCUGGAAACCUUGUUAGGGAAAGAGUUGCAGGUAGGAACAUAGGAAGAGCUACAUUGCAGGAAGUUCCAUAAUAUUCAAGUGUUGUUCCCUUUUGUAGAAGCCAAAUGAAACCACUGGAAACUCCAGGUUUUGCUUCGUAGCUUCAAGUCUUGUCUUCUCUAGGAAGUGAAGUUCAGGUCAACAUAAUCUAGUUCUUGCUUCUUAUCUUUUAAGUCUUGUCUGUCUUCCAAAGGAGUUGAAGAGAAAGACUAAAAUAUUCCAAGCUUUGCCCCUUAACUUCAAAUUUCCUCUGCCUUCUAGUGGAGCUGAAGUGAAGGACUAAACAUUCCAUUGAUUGCCUUGUAGCUUCAAGAGUUUUCUUCUUUAGGAGCUGAAAGGAAGGACUAAAUAUUCCUGUUUUUUUCCUCUUUGCUUCAAGUCUUAUUGUCUUUGUUACAAGCUGAAGUAAAGGUCUGAAUAUUCCAUAACUUGUCUGGUAGCUUCAAUUCUUGUUGUCUUCAAUAGAAAAUGAACUAAAGUAUGAAAUAGUCCAGUUCAUGUCUCUUAGCUUCAAUUUUUGAUGUCUUCUAUAGGAGCUGAAGUGAAGAACUUUGUCUCUUAACUUCAAGCAUUGUUGUCUUCCUUAGGAGCUGAAAUGAAGGUCUAAAUUUUUCCAGUUCUUGUCUCUUAGCUUCAAGUUUUGUUGUGUUCAUUAGGAGGUGAAGUGAAAGACUAAAUAUUCCAGUUUUUGCCUCUUAGCUUCAAGCAUUGUUGUCUUCUUUAGAAGCUCAAAUGAGGAACUGAAGAUUUCACUUCUUGUCUCUUAGCCUCAAGUUGUGUUUCAAUAAGAGCUGAAGGGAAGGACUGCAUUUUCCAGUUUUCUCUCAACUUCAAGUAUUGUUGUCUCCUAUAAUGGCUGACGUAAUUUUUCCAGUUCAUGCCUUGUAGCUUCAAGUGUUGCUGUCUUCUAUAGAAGCUGAAACAAGAGACAAAAGAUUCCACUUUGCUACACAGACAAGGACAUAAGAGAGAGCUCUUAAGCAAUGGAGUUGAAUUCCACACUGGCAAAGAUAUAGAAAGCUGAACUAAAUAAAGAACAUGAAGAUAGAGUCUAUCACAGUGAAACUCUAGCAGACCAUAGUUACAGUUAUCAAGGGAGAUAACCUCAGAUUCUUGGUAGGGAGAGAGUUGCAGGUAGGGAUAUAAGAGGAAGAGCUAGAUCCCAGGAAGUUCCAUAAAUUACUCUUGUAAUACUUUGGUGUCGUUCCCUCAGGUAGGAACCAAAUACAACAACUGGUAGAUUGAAGUUUUGCUGCUUAGCUUCAAGUCUUGUCUUUCAUCUAAAGGAGCUGAAGGUAGAGACUAAAUAUUCCAAGCUUUGCCUCUUAGCUUCAAAUCUGCUCUGUCUUCUAUUGGAGCUGAAGCAAAAUGCUAAACAUUCCAAUGAUUACUUAAUAGCUUCAAGAGUUUUCUUCUUUGGGAGCUGAUGGGAAAAACCAAAUAUUCCUGUUCCUCCUCUUUGCUCUAAGUCUUGUUUUCUUUGUUACAAGCUGAAAUAAAGGACUAAAUAUUCCAUUUCUUGCCUGGAAGCUUCAGUCUUGUUGUCUUCUUUAAAAAAUGAAGUAAAGGAGUAAAGAUUCCAAUUCUUGCCCUUCUGUUCUAGGUGCUGAAAGAAAGGAUUAUAUAUUGCAAGUCUUGCCUUGAAUAAUUAUUCCAGUUCUGGCUUCUUUGCUUUAAGCUUUGUUGUCUUCCAUAGGAGCUAAAAGAAAAGACUAAAGAUUCCAGUUCUUGCCGUGUAACCGCAAGUCUUGUUUGUCUUCAAUAGGAUAUGUUGUAAAGAACUCAAUAUUCUGGUUCUUGUCUUUCGACUUCAAAUAUUAUUAUAUUCUCUAGGAGCUGAAGUAAAGGACUAAAUAUUCCAGUUCUUGUCUCUUAGCUUCAAUUUUUGAUGUCUUCUAUAGGAGCUGAAGAUUCCAGUUCUUGUCUUUUAGCCUCGAUCUUAUUUGUCUUCUACAGGGCUGAAGUGAAGGACUUAAUAUUCCAAUUGUUGCCUCUUAGCUUCAAUUUUGUUUUUUUCUAUAGGAGCUGAAGUAAAGGACUAAAUAUUUCAAUUUCUGCCUCUUGGCUUCAGUUUUUGUUGUCUUCUAAAGAAUCUGAAAUAUAUUAAAGGACUAAAUGAAAUAAGGGACUGAAGAUUCCACUUCUUAAGUAUCUCUCGGCCUCAGGUUUUGUUUGUCUUCUCUAGGGCUGAAGUGAAGGACCUAAUAUUCCAGUUUUAGUUGUUUUGUUGUCUUCUAAAGCUGAAGUAAAGGACUAAAUAUUCCAGUUUCUGCCUCUUAGUUGCAUAUAUUAAAAGGACUAAAUGAAAUAAGGGACUGAAGAUUCCACUUCUUAAGUAUCUCUCAGCCUCAGGUUUUGUUUGUCUUCUCUAGAGCUGAAGUGAAGGACCUAAUAUUCCAGUUUCAGCUUCUUAGCUUCAAUUUUUGUUGUCUUCUAUAGGAGCUGAAGUAAAGGACUAAAUAUUCCAUUUUCUGCCUCUUAGUUUCAAGCAUUGUUGUCUUCUAUAGAAGUGGAAAUAAGGGACUGAAGAUUCCACUUCUUAAUUGUCUCUCAGCCCCAAGUUUUGUUUUUGUCUUCUCUAGGGCUGAAGUGAAGGACUUAAUAUUCCAGUUUCUGCCUCUUAGCUUCAAUUUUUGUUGUCUUCUUUAGGAGCUGAAGUAAAGGACUAAAUAUUCCUGUUUCUACCUCUUAGCUUCAAGCAUUGUUGUCUUCUAUAGGAGCUGAAAUGACUUCCACUUCUUGUCUCUUAGCCUCAAGUUUGGUUUGUCUUCUCUAGGGCUGAAGUGAAGGACUUGAUAUUCCAGUUUCUGUCUCUUAGCUUCAAUUUGUGUUGUUUUUUAAAGGAGCUGAAGUGAAAGACUAAAUAUUCGUUUCUCUUCCUAGUGUCAAGCAUUGUUGUCUUCCAUCGAGGCUGAAGUGAGGGACUUCUUGUCUCUUAGAUUCCAGUUUGGUUUGUCUCUCUAGGGCUCAAGUUUGGUUUGUAUUCUUUCUGUCUCUUAGCUUCAAUUUGUGUUGUUUUUUAAAGGAGCUGAAGUGAAGGACUAAAUAUUCGUUUCUCUUCCUAGUGUCAAGCAUUGUUGUCUUCCAUCCAGGCUGAAGUGAGGGACUGAAGAUUCCACUUCUUGUCUCUUAGCCUCAAGUUUGGUUUGUCUUCUCCAGGGGCUGAAGUGAAGGACUAAAUAACCCAGUUCUUGCUUCUUGGCUUUAAGUUUUGUUGCUGGAGUGAAGGACAAGGUGGAGGGUGGUGAUACAUGACUGACUUCACUUACUUGCAUUUGAUCCAGAUAACUGACUUGGUGUUUUUGUAGGUGCAGUAGCUGGCUUGAUGUGGGUAGUGAACAGCUGUUCUGUUGUAUCCAAGUUAACGAUUUUCUUUCCAGCUGGAAGUGCCUAGUAGGAUUUAAACUACACAAGGGUUAAGUAACAGAUUUCCUACAGCAGCUUUCCAAAUGCACUUGACCUUUUUGCAGAUGAUGGGCCCUAUUAUAUAAUUUGUUUUGUCCAAAAGAUAAAUGAUGGAGUCUCUGUUGAUGACUCAGUCACUGAAUUUGCUUUAGUGGCUUUAUGCCCCCAAAAAAGCUUGAAAUUUGGCUUUAUUGUAGAUAGAAUUUAUACUUCAGCAAUGUGUUCUGAAAAACUUGCUUUUUGUUCUAUGUCAAUUCACUUUUUACUCAAUUCACCCCUAUAGGGGGUGGAACGGUUUAAAAUCUGAAAUUUCUGUGAGCUGGUAAAAUUGUUAAAAUUUUUAUAAAUUUAUACUUUUGAUGUGUUUUACCUUAUUUUUCCACAGCCUUGUCGGUGUUGAUGAUCUCACUGAAGAGAUGACCUGAAAAGCCAAGUAUGUACGUUGUUAUGUUUACACACAAAGCGAACUUACCAGAUGAGCUUGAGAUGAAAAGGGUUCUUUUCUUUGCAUCUUUUUACUGGUCCAUGUGAUCAUGAGCUACAUCAUCUUUCCUGGAAUAUGUAAAGGUUAGUAUUUUCAUUUUUAUGAAAGUUGAAAUGUUUGCUCCCGAAAAUAAGCUAGUCCCCGAAAAUGGGCUUGUCCCCGAAAAUGGACUUGUCCCCGAAAAUGGACUUGUCCCCGAAAAUGGACUUGUCCCCGAAAAUGGACUUGUCCCCGAAAAUGGACUUGUCCCCGAAAAUGGACUUGAAAUGGUUUCUCAAUGGAAGGAAGGCGCCUUCAACCACCUCAUAGCGAAUGUGCCCCCGAAAAUAGGCUUGUUUCAGUUUCUGAAAUAAGAGUUGUAUGUAGUCCUGAAAUGUAGAUAUUUAUUUAGUAUAGUAUUUUUGCUUAAUGUUUAACUGAACAUUGAGAAAAUGACACAGACACACAGAAGUUUGUGGUUUUAUUGUUUUCGAAAGAUGCAAUUGACAUGCUUAGUGCUUGUAGGUGUAAUCAGUGUUAUUAGUCUUAAUGCAACUUUGCCCCCGAAAAUGGGCCUAAAAAAUCCUGAAAUAAAUGAUGUUAGUAGCACCUACCUUCCUUCUGAAAAAAAAUCUGGGGUUAAUAAUGUUAUAUUAAUAAAAUUUGAAGCGUAUUUGACAUUUAGGAAAAUAACACAAACACACAGAAUUUUGCGAUUUUAUUGUUUUUCUUCUUAAUAUUACAUGAAUCCUUAGUUAAUGAUAAGGGUGGGAUGCGCUUUCCUAAAUGAAAAAUUUAGCAUCUGUAGAAACCUCAAGUGUUUCUGUGUCAGUAAAUGUUGACACCCCGAUUAGAACACUCGUGGUGCCCCAGAUGAUGUGAGAGGGUGGCUAGCUAACGAGUCAAGGUCGUUACCAAGCCUUUAUACAAUAAAUUGGAUGCCACUUGGUGUUGAAAUCGAAAGCCGGAUUAAUAGCCGAAGUGAAUUUCAAGCCGAAAGCCGAACUCGGAAAAGAAAAUAAAACCCACCCACCUGGUGACGUCUCGGAGACCUUGCCCUACCUUUAUAAGGGUUGGUUGCUGUACACAUCAGGCUGGGAUGUUGAGUGAAGAAUUGAUUUUGCAAAAUUUGGUGACAGCUUGAAAGCUGACUUGUCAAAAGAAUUUGCUUAAUGUAUGUUUUAAAAGCAAGUAUUGAUUCUGGGCCAUUUCUUGAAACUCUCUCUUCUCUUCCUUGUGUUUCCUUGUUUGCUCCAUAAUGUUAAUUGAUGUGUCAUAUUUUUGACAUUCAUUGGCCCGUAAUUUGGAGGGACAGCUGUUUUGCUGUCAUAAUACAGCUGAUAAUUAGCCUAGUUUAUUUUCUUUGUGACCUAAGCUGAUGUGUGCAGUUACUAUUUCCCACUAAAUGAAGCCUCAACAAGCGGCUUCAACUGGAGUUAAACCGUUAAACAUGAUAGAAGUAGCAAAUGAGCACACUUCCCAGUUGAAUGACUUAACUUCUCCAGUUAAAUGACCUAAUUAAUAUCUGGUUGAACCUUUGGCCAAAAUGGUUUGCCGCAAUAAUAUUUUGGUUAAAUUUGGUAAGAAAUGCUUCACUAGAUUGCAGUUCAUGGAAGUGCUGCUAUCAGGUGAAACAUUAUAAAAUUGUUUUUUUUAGGCGCGACUAAGCAGGGAGAUCCAGCGCGGAAGAGUCGAUGUCGGUGUCCAUCGGUAAAGGGCCAUUGUAGUCCUGAAGGAUGUGUGUAGUGGAUCCAGUUUUGACGUAGAAUCAAGGCCGAAGUUGCCGUAAGAAAAAACCUUAAGCCGAAACCUAACCUAAGCCGAAAAUACCUGAAAAGGAACCCAAUUAAAAUUAAGGGUUGGAAAAAAGGGAGGCCCAGCCAAUCCCAGGGGACCCAACUAACUACACUAACUACGUUAAAUUAUGCCGAAUGAGAAGUUCACAGACUUCUGUCGGAAAUUUGAAAUAAGGUUCAACCAGCGUACUAUGUAGUAGUCCCUCUUGCCCAACCUACAAGGAAUUGUCUGACCUGUUGUGUUUGUCUUCCAUCAGAGUCUUCUUACUGACUCGUUCCCAGAUGAUCAUCAGAGUAAAUACAUGCAAUAAGAUGCAGCAGACAUUGGAAAGGAGUGAAGAGAAACUUGAUUUGCAGUCUCAUCUUCCCAAACAGUCCAACUCCCCACAUCUUCAUGUUUUCCUCAUCAGAAUCAAACUGGGAGGAGUCAGCCUUGACUUGUGGAGUGUAAGUUGAGAAGCAGUUGAAGUAGAAAGGUGAGUGGACAAGACUGCUGGUACUGGAAGUUCCACAAAACCUACAGGGAAUUUUCUGACCUGUUGUGACCUGUAUCGUGUCUUUAAGACUGAAGCUUAACCACCAGAGUUAGUGAAUAGACUGGACUGUUGGAAGUGGAUGUAGAUCUGAAGUGGGUGUGGAUCUGAACUGGAGGUAGUGGACUGGAUUAUCAGCCAAAAGCCAGGUAAGGCUGGUCAGAGAUUUUUCUAAAAUUGCAAAUUUAAUAGUAUUGUUUGUAUAUUAUUUCUUUAAUUCUCACGAUGUUAUAAGUAAUUUCUCUGUUUAACCUGUACCCUUUUACUAGUAAGUUAGAAGGGAGAGUUGUUUGUGUUUACCUUCGUUUUGAUAGAUAGUGUUGUUGAAUUGUGAGGAGAAGCAUCGUCUUCGUAUGAAAAAAUUUUUUUUCCUCAAAAAUGUUUUAUUUUGCUAAAUCCUUUGGCCUCAAGAGUGACCAACAUCUAAUUUCUCCUUACAAUAUCAAUAAGCAUAAAAGAAAAACUAGUAUCCAGGCUGUUUGAGUUGAGGGAAUAGCGAGGAUAAUCUGUGAAGUUACCUUUUUCUCUCACGUACUUGUUAUUGAUAUCAUGAAAAUGAGGUUCUGGGAUCAUUUACAACCCAUCAAAUUACACUUGAAGUGUCGGAUAAUGAACGUCAGUUACUUCUGCUUAAAAAUGUGAAAGGAAAAAAGUGUAGAUGUGAUCACAUUUGGUGACUUAUCGUACAUCAUGAAUUUUAUAGAAUGUGAUGGUUUUUUUCCAGAACAGAGAUAAAGGCUGAGCAGGCCAAAUUUGUAUUUCUUUAGAGAUUUCGCGAAAAGUUAAAAAGGAAAAAUUCCGCGGUCUUUUAAAGGGCUCCUCGGUAGGUGUGAAAACAAAAUCAAACAAAAUAAAACAAAAAUAUUGAUCUAACCAGUUUCUUUCUUUUACAUUUCUCUUAAAUUCUUUUUGGUUGAAAAUUCAGUGAAAAACAACAUUAUCAUGUAUUUUUCACCUAUUAUCGCUAAGCUCACUGCUUGUGGUCCAGCGGAAAUGUUUUUAGAACUUUGCGGGUGGAGCUAAAAAUUGUUAAAAUUGUGUUAUUUUUUUUCCUACGAAAAAUAAUGUUCUUUGAUAGUUAUUGAUAGACAGUGGAAAUCACGGUUGACAUAUUGAAAUAAGCUUUAACCAAAGUGUGAAUUGACUAUUAAUACUAAGCCGAGUGCAGUCAAUUCGAAUGAAAUUUUACGAGUGGUCGUUUGUCGGAUUGCGGAAAUUUUUUUAAGAACUUUACACUUGAUGAGGGAGAGUUAGUAAUUAUUUUUUACAAAACUUGGGCUGUUACUCGACGAAUAAUUAUCAGAUCUCUCCGUUAAUGUAGGACAAAACAAAAAUGCUCAGGCCAGUGUUGUUGUUGCAUGACGUUUUGAUACAAUACAUUCAAUUUCAAAGCGGAAAGUCAGGUGUAGACUUGCUUAGGGUUAGUUCUCUUUAUUAAUUUGUUUGAGGUAUAAAUGAAAUUAUAUUCAAACAGUCGUCGCUGAAAAAAAGUUCACUUUCUGAAGUCAGAUUAAUUAGCGAAGUAUUGUAAAUGAUUAUUUCCUAUUCACAAUCGGAACACGAGUUCUGUAAGUCAUUCAUUCCUUUACGCGCCAAACGCGCCGCUUUCGCGGGCCAUGUUUGCCCAGACUUUUUUCAACUUCAACCAAGUUUUUCGAAUUUUUCCACGGGAGAAACUUUUAUCCCGAAUAAAACCUACCUUUAAUUCAAAUUUCAUGUAUACUGAACAAGGAAAUGUUUUAACACUCACCUAAUUACGUUGUUUUCUCUGCACUUUGUUCUUGUUUGGUAACAACAUCUCGACGUGGCGCUAGGAAACAGAGCAAUUAAUGUUUUUUCCCCAUGAACCUGGAAGAAAAAAAAGUAUUUUACACAAAGUUAAUAAAGAAAGUUGUUUGCUGCAUACUUCAAGACAAACAAACACUUACGAACGUAAUAUUUAAAUUUUACGGUUUGAAAGUACUCGGGACUUUCUCUACACCGCACGCGAACAAUAAUGUUGCCUCAGCGUUUGAAAAGUGGAAUGAAAAUGCUUAAACACAAACCUGUGAUUCUGUAUUUUCUGUCGCUUCUUUUAAACUUCCUGCUUAGGUUCCUGAUAGUUUAGUUCAGGCAGCAAAGGUGCGAGUAAGUGAGAGAUUUAAGUGCAGUAGAAUAUUGUGCCUUGAAUUGAUUUUCAGGGAGUGAAGUUUUUGAACUACGCGCUUUGUUUUCUCCCUAGAUCAUGUGAUCUACUUUUCAUCGCUGAUUGGCCUAUUUUGUCACUUCGACGCACGUGGUUUGAUUCCAAUUUCUGAUUGGCCACAAAUCUGACUUUGAUGAGGGUUGCUUAAAGUUAUGAGUAGGGCAUCGAACGCUUCCCCGAGAAACAUCAAGGCCAGUUUUCAAACUGUUUUUUUUUGGAAGGGAACAAGGGUAACCAGCACUUCCUUUAGCGGCAUCAUGGUUACUGGUUUAUUUAAAAAAUUAUAUGUGGAGACUUUUAUCUGGCCAGCACAUUAUAAUUGUCGGAAAACUGUAUGGAUACCCUUCAAUUUUUUUUCCGUAAAAUGUCUCACUGGGGUUUUUGACAUAAAGUGAUGAGGAGGGAGGGGUGAGCUUUGUAUUCAUUUUCGUUCCUGAACCCUCGCGGACCUUUCGCGCGCGCACAUCGCUCGCUGGUUCAUACGCGUUGCCGCUCAUAUCGCCGCGUUAGUGAGAGCCGGCUUGCAAGUUACGCGCGUGUGCUUUAUGGCUCGAAGUAAUAUAGUGCAAAAACUUGUGCAUAUACAAAUUCUCAGCGAAAAAAAGUCGAGUUUGGCGGAAGAUAAUGGAAUUACUUUGUUUUUUUUUUCCAUGAGUCUGAGAUAAAAGCAGCGAGUUACUUAAAGAAUUUGCAAACGCAGAGUUCGAAAGGUAUAAUUAAAGGUCAAAAUAAUGGUAAGAAUUUAUCGCAAAGGAAUAUGAAACGCUGUGUAAACGUAAUCUGUAAUCAAUGGCUGAGAUAGCGAGAUAAUUAUUUAUCAAAAAUAACACCAAUCUCUCUAUAAUGUUAGUAAAUGCGACCAUCACUGGUUUGUUUUAUCUGUAGGCUGUAAAAGUGAGAGGCCGUUGUCAUUAUUUUGUGAACGGAAAAUUUUCGGAAUAUAUGUGAGUCUUAUGUAAUCAUCAACUGCCGUCAGAAUGACAAAAAAGCACUGAGUGGUUUGAGUCAUUAGCUCGUAGAAGUCUCUUAAUACACCGCGUUUUAGGUAAGACUUCACCGCAAGAAAUUUAAUAAAAGAGAUAAAACAAUUUAUAAAACCAAUGGGAGCUUUCUCAUUAAUCGAACCUUGUGGAAGUUCUGACGAAAGUCAUCCUUGAUAAAUAAUUUAUCAGUUUUCAAUUUUGUUGUUGGUCGUGAGGUAUAUCUAUACAAAUUAACUUUUUAGGAUGUAAUUUGUAGAAAUUUCAUCUUCUGACUUUUUUGUGGACAAUUGUACGAGAUAGGUAGGUUUUUGUGCGUUUUUUUCCCAAAUCAAAUUUCUGUCGUUCUUUAAGGAAGUAAACGCGGGCGGAAAAUUUGAGAGGGGUGCAAAAGCAGCGGAAAUCUGAAGCAACUUAUAGUGCUACAUGUAAGUAAAAGCGUCUCAAUGUUUAUAAUAUUCAUUCAGGCACUGUAUGUGAGAGUAUGGCUCUCACAGCUCAUAAAGAUAUUCAACAUACAUUUUAAAAGUGUGUGAAUGCGAUGUGUUUAAGACUUAAGUUAAUAUUUACAGAUAUAUUUCAAGACUCAGUUUCGUGGUGAGAAAAUGUGGCGUUUAGAGAAGUGCGGUAGUCUCACUCAGCAUUUCCAUCGCUUUAUGUAUGUUUUUGUUUGUACAGAUGUGUGUGUAUUUUUCAUUUAGUUGAACGGGGAAAUAAGCCUUUAAUCUUCUUACUGCAUUUGCGCUUUUCCUUAUUUCGAAAGGAAACGGAAUGGUUUAGAAUUUCAGCAUCACCUCGGAUUUUAAAUAAUCUUUAUAUCAGAAUAUAAGGUUUAUGAAUAAGAUUGUUUUUAACUUCCUCUGUUUACUUCGUGUUUACGUGGCCUUCCUUUUCAGUGCAUUUUUGCUAGAUUGAGCUUAGCAGUACCGAAUACUAUGUAUUACAUAUAAAGGAGCUGAGAUUUUUUUUUAUUUUAAAAAUAGAUUUCCACUUUCUUUUAUUUACCUUACACAGUGUUAUCUCCCCGCCAAGCAACUCCUUCAGUUCUUAAUUAUUAAACACCGCAGAGAAAGUGGAAAGCAUAAUUUCUUUUCAAAACAGUAGGAGUCACGAAUGGCACCUUGUGUUGAAUGGAUUUUAAUUUAAAACGUAAGAAGCUCAAUAAGACAUCAUUAUUUUCUAUCUAUAGUGAUAGCAUCAGCUUUGAAGACCGACAACAAAGGGAAAUGAGGCUUACCUACCAUUAUUGUUGGUUUUAAAGCUGUGUUCCCGUCUUUAAUUUAGUAUUAUAAGAGUGUAUAAUUUAGUAUACAAGUCUUAUAAGAGAGGAAGAAGCAUUUUCCAACGUGUAAUAUGUAAUUUCUGGUUUUAAUAUCACAAUUUACCUAACCUACGGCCCCAUACCGUCAAAACGCAAUAUCAUUAAACGCUAUCAUUAGCACGCGCCUCGAUUUUGAUGGCCUUUAAUUAAUUACAUGACCUGAAAAAGAGAUAAAGUUAACUAAAACUAUAAGAAACGAAUCGCAGUUAGUGCGGGCAGUUUAUAUAUUUAAAUUUUGGGGGUGAAAUAUAAAACGCAACGUAAUCCUCGACCAGUAAGAGAGCAAAAUCUCUGUUAUUAUCUGAACAAUUAUUCUCUAUCAUUAAUAGUCGAAAAACCAUUAACUUUUUUUACUUUCACAGGAUGUUGGAGAAAAUUAUGACAGCUGAAGCAUUAUUGGUGGUGCUGGUGACCAUGUUUGCAACGUUUUCACGAGCUGAGGAAAAAUGUGCUGGAGGCCACAUUAAUCAAAAUCUAUGCCAGAAGACUUGCAACUUCAACAAGUGCACAUGCGACAUGGUGGACACAACUUCUUUCUCAAGUUGCUCUCAAAAGUGUCAUAUUCUCUCUUCGUGUCCUGCGAUGGAUUGUUCUGGUAACCAAACUUUAUUUUUUCAAGCCAAGUGAAAUCUCCUAACAAUAUCAAUUCAUUCAUAAGCAGAAAGGCGACAAGAAGGAAAUAAAAUAAUCAAUCAGGGAAUAUCGUUUGAUUCAACACCAAAUUCUCAGUACCAAAGCAACUAGAAAUGUUCAGUAGACAGUGCGAAGAAUUAAGAUUUAGAUCUUUAAAGCAAGAGGGUUCACCCUUUGGUACUGGCAGGCAGACUUUGUUUAACAGUCAAGAUCCUCUUUCGGUGCUGAUCAUUUCCUUUAUUCCUGUGACCUUAAUGUUUGGUUCAGGUGUGUUAUUGUGAGGAGAAACUAUAUGCUAGUCACUCUUAGGGUUCAAGGGGUUAAAACUUAAAGCGUUAUGUUUUAUUUUUUCAUUUAGGGAGAAAUGCUUGUGCGCAGAAGUGUUUUUUCGGUGAGUGUAACAUGAAUUGUGGAUCAAGUAAAUUCUGUUCACAGUUAUGCGUAUGGAAAGCCAGGUGUAAACAGAUCACGUGCUCGUCACCCACGUGUAACCAGGUCUGUGCAAACUGUACGAUGGAGUGCACCAGGGGGGUGGACAAGUGUGAUCAGAUGUGCCUGGGAGGAGUCUGUAAGAUGAAGUGUUUUGCUACGCAAUGUAGAAGACAAUGCUUUAAAGGAAGUUGUGAUUACAUCGGCGAAUCUCAGAGUAAGGCGUCAAUAGUUCAAGACAGAGCGUUACUGUUCCUGAUUACUGUUGUUGGCUCAUUAAGGAUAUAACGAGAGAUCUCGUGGGACAAUACUAGCGAAGGACGAUACCGUCUAUAGUUGAUAGCCAAUAAAACGAUUUCCAAUGAAUGGGCGUUGUCACAUCUGGCCACAUAUUUUAUAGAAAUAGUCCAUUUAAGUGGUGCAUCAAGGAAGGAAGGCGUUGCUUGGAAGACAUGUUAACCUGUAGAAUCAGAGCUGAAUAUCUUUAUCAACCCCUUAAUCCCUGAGAGUGACUGGCAUCUAAUUUCUCAUUUCAAUACGACCCAUGAAUCCAACAUUAAGGUCAUGAGAAUAAAGGAAAUGAUAAUCAACCGAAGAACCUCUUGAUUGUUAAACAAAUUCUCCUCACCAGCACGUUAGGAAAUGUAUAGAGAACAGUAUGGAGAAUAUGUUUAAUGUUUAAAUAUGGGAUGAUCAGUAUUGUAGGGAGAAAUUAUGUGCUGGUCACUCUUAGGGAUUAAAAGGUUAGAAAAGUCUUCAAAAGGACUUUUUGAGAUUGUUCACUUGUUAGAGGUUUCCAAGUUGUGUUGAAAACACUGGACAGGUGCACUCGACCCUUGCAACUUCGUGGCUUAACAUCUGCGUGCUUCCUUCCUUGUUGUGCAUGGAAAAAGUAUUGCUAUGUAUAAGUUAAUCUAUAAGAGAAGUUAAUCUCCUUCGUACCUGUUGUUUUGUGUCGCGACUAAAUAAUAAUGGCAAGUGGUACAGAUUUCCUAACAAUUGUUUGCCUUUGUGAUGCCUGUUGGACCUUCAUUGAGGACUGAACAAUCGAGAAAUAGUUAAUUCAUAAGUUAAUCAAAAAUAGAUCGACGUGUUCAACUCUUGUAACCCUUUAAUCCCUAGGAGUGACAAGGUUCUAAUUUCUCUUUACAAUCCAUCCCUUGAAUCAAAUGUUUAAGGUAGGAGAAUAAAGGAAAUGAUCAGCAACUAAUGAAGUUCUUGAUGGUUUUACAAAUUCUCCUUUUUAGAACAUACCAAAUGUAUAGAGAACAGUAUGGAGAAUAUGCAUAAUGAUGUUGCGGUGCAAAGAAAAUUAUACAGAGCUUCUGAUUAAACUACAAGCGGGUGGUCAUUAUUAGUGCCUCGGGACGAGCGUUUCUUUUCCCGAGGGGGGAGGGGGGAGGGGUUUGAGGCCUUGAGCGUCACGGGACGGUGGAAGGUCUGCAAGGGAUCUGGUACUGGGACUCCCGGCGAACCUCUUCCCGAUUCGUCUCGAAUCUUGCCCUCGGGCAGAGAAACACACGUCCUGCAGAGCUAGUAAUCAAGGCCCGCUGUUGCUCACAGGCUAUAGUGAUUAUCAAUUCUGGCGCACUGAUAAAAUACAAAAACAGGUGGUUUUCAAGAUAGCCAUUAUACUUCCUACUAGUCAGAGCGUACGAUUGUAGCAUGACAAAGAAUAGACGCAAAUAAAGUAAUAAAAAUGGAUGGAUUGAAAUAAAACGGAAAACAAAGAGAGACAUUAUUGGGACUUUAUUGCAGAACGCUCGUAAAUGUUGUAACAUUAGAUGUGUAAACCUCUUCUCGUGUGACAACAUCGAUCAGAUUGUUCUGAGCCAAAUGUAAAACAAAUAUAUCGCAGACAGUACAGAGAAUUUAGAUAAAGAUCUUUAGAUUGGAAGUUACAAAUAAGCAACGACGAACUCGGAACCUGGAAGUUAGAUGUUAUUUGGGUGAUUUCUUACGUAACUAUGUUUUUGUUUUUUUUUUUUUUUUUUUUUACACGGGUGACACAUUUAAGCUGAUUUUCAAAGCGUAUCGAAAGCGACUGCAUCUGUUUUCCGGUCAUGGUUUAAGAAAGUUCAAUAGUUACGAUUAAAAAGCACGCAAUCAGGGUAGAAACUGGUCCAUAAAUAAGCACAAUGUUUAAUACCUACAAGCCUUCCUCAGUGUGGAAUGGGAACCAACACUUUCCCUUGAUGAUCUAAAAUCAUUCAUUUUCUUACGAACAGAUUGUUUGACUGGCGUGUGUGAUUUAUCUGUUUAAGGAAAACACAACGGAUCACGUCCUUCCUUCUUUGGCCCUUGAGUCUAACUCUAAAGAGAGGUUGGAUGUUUAAUAUUUAUCAGUUGGAGGGUGGGGAGGGGAAACAAAAAAUGGGUGGAAGCUCUUAGGUGAUUGAUUACUUUCACAAGAGCAAUUUUGUAUCAGUUACGCUCACGCGCUUAAAUGAAACAUGCUCUAGAAGCUUGCUCCGAUUUUCAAACCCUAUCUGUCAGCAACAUCUCAUUAUUACAUGGUUGAGUGAGUCGCUUUAAAUCGUGUAGUUUUUUCGAGAAGAUUUUCGAUAGACUGUAAAAUGGUAGAAUCGCAAUUACACUGAUUAAACAACCUUGAAUUCUGAGUUAACAGUAAUCGGCGGAACUAUCAAGAAUUAUUAAUAAUAGAACGAUCUGACCCCUCUGGCUUCUGACGUCAUAGAUCGAUUGUUCAGGAGUACGUGCUUAAGUAAUGUAUCACGUUUAGUGCUCAUGACAACCUAACGUUCACUUAUCUCGAAGCUUUCAAAACCCUCCGGCAAAAAAAAUAUUUGAGCCCAGAAGGAACUUGCAUUCUGUGCUGUAAACGCUUGUUACAACUUCAAGCUACAGACUUUUGGUCGAAGGGAUAUAUUUGUGACUGGUUUGAGACACAGAUGGGUAAGUUUAAGCAACAUGGACUGAAUUUUCGUCCAAUUCGAUCACAAAAUGUAAAUGAUUAUUAGUGAUGUGAAAGAUUGAUGUGCGCUGGGAGAAGGCCUUCCAAUUAUACUCGUAUACACAUCACAAAAUAUCCGAAAAUAUCUUUUAGAAGAAAGAAUCACUCAGUGCUGCCUGCGGCAUUUAUGGAAAUGCCAUUGUCUUUGACAACCUGCCUUGCCUUUGAUCCAUAGCAAUAUGCAUCACUGUAAGGUUGUCUUCACAAUGAGGUGAUUGUUGCCGGUCUGAGUGACUGAAUAUAACGUGUUAUGUCAAUUCCUGAAUUUUUCGCGUCCUCCAUGGCGUCGUGCAUCAAAAGCAGCACAAAUGUUACGAGAACUUCAGUUUAAGAGGGCUGAAUGUGAUUAAAGUAUUGAAUAGACUGUUCCCAGCUGACAAAAUUAUUAUUUCCAACACAAAGUUUGAUAAAGUAUGACACUUUUUCUUCAUGCUAAAAAUUUCAACAAAAUUUCUCUUCGUUUCCCAAAAACCUAACACGGGCUCGUAAUUGCUUUCUUUACAGUCAUGAAAUAUUUAUCUGCUUUCGGACCAUGCCAUUGUCCAUUUUAUUUCAGUUUGAUUUUAAUUUCCGAACUAUAAGAUUUAAUCGUUUUGAUUUAGAGGCCUAUGAUAUUAUUUGAUCCUGCUUUUGUUCCCUAUGCUGUUUCCUGUUUAUCGCCAACAAUUGAUUAAGAGUUAGAUUUGAGUUAGACUCUUCUGUCAGGCUUGUAAGGUUAUUUUUAAAAAUGUUUUACACACAGGGCUGUUUUGUAAGAAAGAAAGCUGGGGAAGUAAGCGGGUACUUUACAUAAUAAUAAUCGAGAUUGCGAAAAGGUGAGCCAUCAUGGUGAUGGUUCAUCAUCAUCAUCAAUGUUGGUCUUGGCGCUUCGCCUAUCAUCAUAGAGAACAAGGGCAUACGUGACCGCCAACAAGACCAAGUCUCGGAGACGGGUUCCGGUGAUUUUAUCUUCGCAAAGCAUUUAACGAGUUCGGCCAGCUUUGAUUUUUUCGUUGACUUCAAUCACUCCUGAGUCAGGGAUUGCUACAACGACAACAACAGAUUGGCAUGUUUGACACUUGUCAAAGUGGAGUACGCUCACGUUACCAUCUAAGAUUCCUCGCGCGCUUCUUUAACAUGUGACAAAGGGCUUUGUUCGUUCUUUUUGUCAAAACAAGUGAAGUGUACUGAACGGCCUUUACUUCAGCAUGCGGUGAAGUUUUGUUUAUUUCGGGGCAAUCGUUCUUGCUGUUUUUUUCUCACUGAGGUAUUUGAAUCUAGUUACAUUUUAGUGGUACAUAUCUUCUGUAAGAUUCCAAUUUAGACCAUGGUAUACCUAGAAUAUAUUCGAUAAGAGCCCCACGACAAAAAGACUAUUGUAAUGAAGGACUAUUGUUCCGAAAAAAUUCAUACCGCAACAAUAGACAUUAGGUUUGUAUUUCAACUCUGUUCUCGGUAUAGGGCUUUGUUCUCGGUCAAGGCAAUCUUGAUGUGAAAGCAAAACGUAACAGUUGGGAUCCAGGUUACGAAUUUUGCGUUCCCUCUUGGAGUUUAAAUCAUCUUCAAGUUCAGUGCAUUUUUGCAGCUAAUCACUCUUUCGGCUUUUAAUCUUGGGUUUCAAAAGACGAAGGGUUUCCUAACAUGUGUUGUCUUUUUUUUAAUGCGAUCACUUGGAGAUUAUACUCUUCGUGAUCUCCUGGACUUGUUGUUUUCGUCUAUGUUAACAUGAUAUAAGACAAUUAUUUUUCCUGAAGCAGCGGACUUUUUAUACAUACCACGAUGUGUUCAAGCUGUGCCGUCCAUUCUCAAUAAGAAAAAAAAGAUAGAGGAAUUAUUCGCCCGCAGGCAAAAUAAAUAGGAAGACACUUUUGUAAACAGGGAGACAAUUGUCUUUCGCUCGGCAUCUAAUAAAUUGACGUGCGCAGUUCGUGUACACGUGCUGGCUUAUAGAAAGAGAUUUUAACACCAAAAAUACAGGUGGAGAGAAUAAGUCUUGAGCGCCAAAGCGGAGGAACGGGAAGGGGGAGGGGAGGGGACUGGAUAUUUUUCAAUAUCAGGGUAGGUAACUUAGUCUUUCCGCCCGGUGAACGAAUCGCGUGUUUUGUUACCAAGAGCUUCCAGGACUAGGCGCCAAUAAUUUUUUAUACUGUCAGAGUAUAUAGGGUCAUUUGUGGACAAAAAAGUAGGCCGUUGUCGAAGUUCAGGCGCCCUGAGUUGCUUAGUUAAGACACACCCAAAGGUUAUUUUCGAGUGAGAGUACCCUCCGCAUCCCAUUGGCAUAAAAGAAAUUCUGAUUGCUUACUGAGUUCAAGGUUAUCUAAACAUUACGAAAUACGAGAAGUUUCCCUUUAAGUGUUGCAGUAUCGCACAAUCAUUUCCAGCGGGAAUUUCUCAGCGAAAUUUGAACCCUGGAGGAGAAAUUUUAAUGCUCUAAAGUCGGUAAAACUUUCAGUGUCUCUACGUUUUUGGAGCAGGACCUUCGAGCCUUUGGAAAGAGACCUUGUUUUAAAAAAAUUCAGUUUCGUUUCGGGCAGCAACUGCUUUGCUUUUGAAGAACUUUAAAGGAAAAGCAGGUUACCACAACUAACAUACUUCGUUUGCCACUUGAAACUAAAGAAGGUGAUCACAUUAAGAGGGAGUCGGUAAGAAAAUCUAAUUAUCAAAACGAAAAUUAUCUACGGGUAAACAAAGUUUGCAGAAGGGCUGAAGAGUUAGAUAAUUAUGUAGCAGCACUGGUUAUUAAAUGGAGAGAAGGAAAUGUUUUUCAUUCGUGUUUUUAAUUUGUUUUUUUGAUCUGACCGCCCGGAUAGGUUUUAUUUACUUAUCUCUGGUAGGCGUUCCUUUUGUUUCGUGCAUGAACGCAAGCGUUUACUACGAUCAUAAUAGUUUACAAAGCGACAGGAAAGUUAUUAAGAUCAAAUUCUCUAAGUAUAAGCUAAGCGUCAUUCCGCCAUCUCAUGUUCCGGCGAUGGUAAGAGGUAAAGAGUGCCCGUUGAUUUAAACUGAGAAAAUGCUCUCUAAAAAGUAAAGGGCAGAAUAUUGUAUGAUCGAUGAAAGCCAUCUAGAUAAAGAUCACUUUGAUUAGCUGCCAGUUGAAAGAUACAUGAUGAAGUACAAAGCAUAAGCGAAAUUUUAGGCGACCGUGAUUAAUCUAAAAUGCGAUGAAUCAAAUGUUGCUCUUUCGACUGUGUUCAUCCUUCGCGUCCUAUUAAAGUGUUUUAAGGAGAAUCAAAUGCUUUGUUUCACUACAAAACCCUUCAAUAGAGUGUCAGUGUACUCCUUGAAUCAAGUGGUAAGUUUCUAAAGAAACUGGUACUGCGUCGGUGGGAGAGUAUAGCAGAUAAUUUAGUGUUAACAACUGAGUUGAAAACGUAAAUUAGCCACCGUAAAGGGUAAAAAAGCUGACGUUUCGAGCGUUAUUCCUUGACACACGGCUUAAUAAAUUUUUCUCUUUUUAUUUUCAGAAAGAAAAUGCUUAGAAUUGUCUUCAUCAUUAUCGUGUCUCUGCCUUCUGUAACAUCAACCACAAAAAAUUGUAGCUCGGUGACGUCGACCAAGUGCUUUCAACGAUGUGGCAGCACCUCAUGUAUGUGUCUAUCAAACGACAGCCAUUAUGCUUACAGAGAAUGUCACCAGUCCUGCGGAAAUACACAGUGCAAGGUACUGACGUGUACAUCCGGGACUUGCCAUCAGGAGUGUCAUGACUGCCGCAUGGAAUGUACUGGUGACGUCGGUUAUUGUAAUCAGCGGUGUUUGUCAGGAGCAUGCUCCUUCAAGUGUAGCGCCAAGGAAUGUGUACAAAAAUGUGCAGGUAAUGAUUGCAAACACUUGCCUACGGAACACGAAGAGCCUUUAAUACCACGCCUCUACCUGGUCAUCUUAGCUGGUCUGUUUGCAGCUACUACAAUUUUGACUUGUUUAGCUUUGAUGUUGUCUUGCAGCCAGAUGAGUUAUUGGACGAGAAAAACUCCCAUGCUUGUUUCUCGUGACCUUUGCAGCAGCUUAGAAAGUCUACCAACAAAACCUUCAGUUGUAUAG